GCUGAAGAAUUAAAACGCUUUGUCCAGAUGUAUCAAAAGCCUGCCCAUCCACUCAGACUAAAAGAGUGGCUGAUACUUCAGAUCAACAGCGGACAGUACCCCGGCCUUUGCUGGGUGGAUGACCAGAAGACAAAGUUCAGGAUCCCGUGGAAGCACGCUGCCAAACAGAACUAUAGUGAGGAAGAAGAUGCAGCGUUAUUUAAGGCCUGGGCCAUGUACAAGGGGAAGUUUCGAGAAGGUUCUUCAAAGGCGGAUCCUUCUGUAUGGAAGACCAGACUCAGAUGCGCACUCAACAAGAGCCCCGAUUUCCAGGAGGUCCCGGAGAGCUGUCAGGAUGCGGGGGAACCCUACAAAAUCUACAGGAUUGUGUUGGAACCGCAAGACAGUAACAGCGAUGACACAUGCAGAGACACAUCCAUGAGCCCCGUGAAAGAAAGCCCUCCAAGUUCUUCAGAUGAACUUCAGAUUGUGGAGGAAGAUGAAUUUGUCCACGGCAAAUCUCGAUCCAAACUACCGAGGUUGGAAUAUCACCAUAUCCCAGCAGAUACGGAAGGUGCAUCAGGUGCAGUCAUCGGGAGGGUCCCCCAUAGUGACCAUAAAAUGACACAAGAAGCAGAGCAAGAUUUGACCAUGCCACUGUCAUCCUCAUCCUCAGAUUUUUGGCUUCACAUACGCCUGUACUACCAGGGCAAAUUGGUGACUGAGGUGACCACACAGACCGCUGAAGGCUGCCGCAUUGCCUCCCAGUCGUCAUGCCAGUGGAACUACAGCCCGUAUUCACCUAUCCUGCUGGAGGAAAUCGGUUUCCCUUCUCUCCAGGAAGUGGCGGAUAUCGUGACACCUCAGGUCUACCAGGUGCUCAAAAGGCUCCUACGGCACCUAGACAAAGGGGUGCUGCUGUGGGUGGCACCGGAGGGGAUAUUUAUCAAGAGGCAGUGCCAGGUACGAGUAUACUGGAGUAGCCCCUCAGCCCCGCAGAAAGAUCGACCCAACAAACUGGAGAGAGAGAAGACCUGCAAGGUGCUGGACACAGAACAAUUUAUGAAUGAAUUGCAGAUGUACAUGACGCAACAAGGUCCAGAACCCCAGUACCAGAUACAGUUGUGCUUCGGAGAGGAAUACCCCGAGUCAUCUGGCAACCCCAACAAACUGUUAACAGCACAUGUGGAGCCUGUGUUCGCUCGGGAACUUCUUGAAAAGGCAAAGGUGAAACUGAGGAAAGAGCUUACAAAGCAAUAA